AUAUCGGAUUUGCAGAACACAACUAAAAAUAUUGCUUCCCGACAUUGAACAUUUUAAAGUAAAUCGGAAUUGUCAAUUCAAAAAUACUAGGUCUUAUUUUAUUCCUCUUACAUUCUAUGGUUGCUACCUCGAAGCCUAUGGUAGCUUUGGCCUACAACAUACAUAUAUGUACCGGCACAUCCUCUUUUCUUGCCCUCUCUCUCUUAAUCCAACCCAACAACUCCGUUACCACUAGAAUAUAUACAUUGAUUACUUACUUCUAUACAUUAGUGUCUAUAUUCUAAGGUAGCGUCAUCUUGUUCUCAUGGCACGUUUCUCCGGACAAAGACACGAUGACAGCAAGUCGGAACUUAUUACUGUAUUUUAACAUAGUCUUUAGCCCGUUGCAUUUACAGAGCUCUGGUUCGGUGCGAUACAAUGACGUGUGAAUUAUACAUUCACCUUUGUUUACAAACACGAGUCCCAAGCUUCAAUGGCAUCGAGAGGUAGGCCAAAUACUUAAUAGAUCUGGCCUGCUCCGAACCAUAUUUCGCCUGCCCAUAAAUCCGAUGAUUAAUUGCUAAGAAUCUCCAAAGAUUACUGUAGGCACAUAACAUACUCUAGACGACAACGUUUUUAUAAAAACCAGCGUCACGACGUAAAGAUCGAUUUCCGCUUUACCUAAUUCUACCGUCUUCCGGCAAGAACCUUUCUCUCUUUUCCCCUUCAGUCAGUUCAGAGUGAAGAGAUAUACAACAUGCCAGAUUAUGUACCAGCCCUCGUCCUUUGCGGGACCCAGGGCCCGGGGUUGGGUGAAUGUCCAACUAAUCAUUUGGAUAAUGACAUCAAUGUACAAGAGCCCGAAAAUGGAUACCCGGAGUUACAAGGCCUUAAUAAUCUCCAAAGUAGCAAUGAUGCAUGGCUCAUCGGUGAUGCCAUUGAAAAGGCCCUUGGGGUGUAUCGCGACAGUCUCCCAAAGCGGGUUUCCGAACGAAUCCACAUACCAGAUACCACUUUUCAAUUAUUUAACGCAACCGACCAUGAGCUCGUGAGUACCCUAGGGAAGAAGAAUGCGAAAUUCUUUAGAGGUUUCUCAAUGACCGAAUAUACGGUAUGGCCAAUCUGUGUUAAUCAGAGCCAUUGGCAAUUGGUAAUCAUCCGCAAGGCCAUGGAACCCUACCCGGUUGCAGCAAAGGGCGUGAAAGACAAGACACCGAGACCGACUGGAAACAGAUGGGGACGCGUUGUACAAGUUAGUGUUGUCGACUCUUGGAGAGAUCACAGCGCUCUUGUGAGAAGUACGAUGAUCCACCAAAGAAUAAGAGCUUUCCUCGAAGCCAAGGUUAACAGUCACGAGCUUGAGUUCUCAUUUGAGCCGAAUUAUCAGAUACAAAACACUUGGGCGCCCUGGCAAAGCGAUAACUGGUCUUGUGGUUACCGCACAUACUGGUCGGCUAAACAAAUCAUGGAUCGAAUUAUGGAAAUAUAUGUACAUGGGAAGAAUCCCGAGAUACUGUGGAAUGACCUGAACGGAUGGAUCAACCCUGAAUUUGUGCGUUGGGAAAUGGUUGGUUACAAUGCGUACGCGGCUGUCAAACAUAUGGAAUAUAACGCACGAGUCGCCGUGGAAAUGGUAAACACUAUUUCUGAAUAUGAUGGGGAGGCCAUGGCCGGGCCAGCACUGGAACCGUUAAAGGAUUUCACAGCGGAUAAUCCCGAAAAACCGGUCAUGAGGCGGGCUGUAUCGAGAAGCUCAGGACACACGGGUUUGAGUGAAGGCAGUAGCAAAGCGACAGCAAUCGUAAUCCAGGACGAAAGCACAACUGUACCGAGUGGCAAACCUCUAGGCAGUAGCAAAAAUACACCAAUCGUAAUCCUAGAUGACAAAGACAAAACUACAAUGUCAUUACUAGGAAAGAGGCAGCAAGACGAUGAGGAUACUGUUAUUGCGUUGGCGAAGAAACAGCAAGUUGCGACAAAUCUGGUCCUAACAAUACGUUCGCAUGAACGACAAUUACUACGUACACGAUCACAGGAAGAUCGAGGUCGUGGCCCUAGGCCCACGGACACCAAUGCGAUCUGGUCGCAACGUGGCUAAUCAAUACCAGUAGCGGGGCAUCCGUAUUCAAUCAUGAAUGACGGUUCGACAAUCGGAAUCAGAGUACAUAUAUGUAGGUAUACUAUCUUAUUUCAUCUACCUAAGCAACUAGGUAGGUACCUAUACUAAAUUAUACCUAUAAUCAACACAAAUAGGCAUAGUUGUAUACCUAGAGACAUCUGGAGUUAGUUUUGUUUUAUAGUUUUGUUUUAUAGUUUUCUUUUGUAGUUUUCUUAUUUUUGUUAUAGUUUUGAUGUAAAUUGAUUCUGUUGUCGUAGUUUUUGCUCCGUUUCCGAAAUGUUCACGAGGUGGGUACCUGGAU